GGCUUUCUCUUUGCGCAUGAGCACCUGGCACUCGAUGGAUGCUCGUGUGCGCAUGCGCCCUGGCAGUCUUGUUCCUGGUCUGCUUGUCUGCCCAGUAAUCCAUCCUUUAGUUCUGAAGGCCCCGGAGGCAUGAACACUGCCCAGGGCACCGUGGGCAGCGACCCAGUCAUCCUGGCCACCGCCGGCUAUGACCACACCGUCCGCUUCUGGCAGGCCCACAGCGGGAUCUGCACCCGGACCGUCCAGCACCAGGACUCCCAGGUCAAUGCUCUAGAGAUCACUCCGGACCGGACCAUGAUUGCCGCGGCUGGCUACCAGCACAUCCGGAUGUAUGACUUGAAUUCUAACAACCCGAACCCUGUUAUCAACUAUGAUGGAGUGAGCAAGAACAUCACCUCGGUGGGCUUCCACGAAGACGGGCGCUGGAUGUACACUGGGGGAGAGGACUGCAUGGCCCGCAUCUGGGACCUCCGGUCACGCAACCUGCAGUGCCAGCGCAUCUUCCAAGUGAACGCGCCCAUCAACUGUGUUUGCCUGCAUCCCAAUCAGGCAGAGCUCAUUGUCGGGGACCAGAGCGGGGCCAUCCACAUCUGGGACCUGAAGACAGACCACAAUGAGCAGCUCAUCCCAGAACCCGAGGUCUCCGUCAACUCUGUCCACAUCGAUCCCGACGCCAGCUACAUGGCCGCUGUCAAUAGUUCGGGCAACUGUUAUGUGUGGAACCUGACUGGUGGCAUUGGAGAUGAGGUGACGCAGCUCAUCCCCAAAACCAAGAUCCCUGCCCACAACCGCUAUGCUCUCCAGUGCAAAUUCAGCCCAGACUCCACGCUUCUGGCUACUUGUUCUGCCGACCAAACCUGCAAGAUUUGGAGAACCUCCAACUUCUCCCUCAUGACAGAGCUGAGCAUCAAGAGCAACAACCCUGGGGAAACUUCCCGAGGAUGGAUGUGGGACUGCGCCUUCUCGGGGGACUCCCAGUACAUUGUCACAGCUUCCUCAGAUAAUCUAGCCCGGCUCUGGUGCGUGGAGACGGGAGAGAUCAAAAGGGAGUACAGCGGGCACCAGAAGGCCGUCGUCUGCCUCGCUUUCAACGACAGUGUCUUGGGCUGAGCUGCAAAAGAAAGUACAUUCCAGGAAUUCUCAGACUCCCUGUUGCUGUCAUUUGGGUCAAACCGACAAAUGUUGGCCUAACCUCCAGCCUCAGGACCAUAGCUGACUUCCAUACUUUCUACCUGGAAUGCGACCCACUUCCCCUCCAAACAAUAGCAACUGUAAAGAUUUGCUUCUUGUAGAAGCAGUGGCCUUUUGUAAGUGAAAUGAACAACUUUGGUACUGAACUUAUAAGAAGGGAGGUGUGUUUUUUGUAACAGUUCAGUUUAUGCACCUUUCCCUCUCCAUCCAAAAGGCUCCAUCGUAUUUGCACACAGGUAUGUCACUUGGGGGCGGAUCUAUAAGCUCACUGUUGCAGAAAGAAAAGUGGCUUCUUGAAGGAAUUGCAUAUAAGAUUAUGGUGAACCAUAGAAUUGGGCACAUAUGAUGUUUAAAAUCAAGCUGAGGAGCCAAUAGCCUUAUUCAAGGCUCAUGAUAAGGAGCGGAAGCAGAGUAGCUUCAUCCCUUUCCAUUAUUGCUCUCUUUAUGGUAAAGAAAGACAUCACUUCUCAUGUCAUCUCACCAUACAGUCCAGAACCAUGAAAAACAUCAGCAUUUCCUAUAGAUGCUUCCACUACUCAUUUUCCAACUGUACUGUUCUCCUCAUGCAAACUGACUGAAUAGAGCUGAUCUUUCUUUAGAAACAUCUCCGCAUUCCUGAAUUCUGCUGAGAUAUUUGCAAACUUUGCAAAUAGAGGAACGAACUGUUGGUUUCUCACUUUUCCUGGUAACACAAUAGUUGCAUGGGCUUAUUUCCUCAUUUUGUGCUUUUUACUUCGUUACCUAAUUGUGUACAAAAUGUUUGUAAAAACCCAUAAGAUUUCAUUUUACAUAGCAAGGCACGUAUGACCCAGGCUUAAGGGCACCUUUUCUACCCCACCAAUGCAGCUACUUCUAGACAACAAUGGUUAUUUACAGAUUACAAGUGGAAGACAACAGUUCUUGUAAAUAAAACGUAUAUACUGAUAAAGAUUGCAAUACAACACAGCUGUUUGUGUGUGCCAUUGCUCUUCCAGCUCAAGCCCGGACUGGAUCAUAAAAUAGGCAGAGAGAGGGUUUUUCAAGUGUAAAAGAGCAGGGGCAAAGAGAGGCCAGACUCCUGGGAGGGUCACUCAGGAAGGUAGUAGAAACAGAUGGAGACACAGAUGUUGCUUGGGAAGCAGAUGUCGAUACACAGGUAGAUCAGCCGCUGCUUGGGAGGGCCUGCAAGGAAGGGAGCACAAGUGUGGGAGAGGGCCUUUUUUGGGAAACACCUUUCAGCUGAGCAAAGAGAGGAAAGACUCCAUAUCAGCAGGCUCUGAAGCAGAAGAAUCACUAUUUGCCUAUUUUGUCUCAAUUUCAAAAAGCUCUUCUGGAUUGUAGCUGUACAUUUGUAAUGCUGUACCAGAUUCUAAAAGGCAGGAGGCUUAGUCUACUAUAUUACUGAGUUUCUUAAAUUAUUACAGUCUGGAACCUUACAAUAAAAACUUUUUCGAUA